UACACACCCACCCUGCCAUCACUGGCUGGUACGGUGGAGGAAGUUGCUAGGGUGGUGGGGACCCAGUGUGGUACCAAUGGGCACUUGGAGGUCUUGGCCAGCUGCUUCGGCACCAGCAAGCUGUGGGAUGUUCGUGUUGCCUGAGCCCUACACCACCCUUGCUACUGGUGGGAUGGGACGGGACAGGAUGGUAUGGGAUGGGAUAGGAUGGGAUGGGAAGGGACGAGUGGCAAAAUCUGGGUCACUUUGGUUUAGCAGAGCAGGGCCUACACCCUACAGUGGUAAUGCCAGGCAGCUGGAUGUGACAGUGGGGUAGGUUUUGGCAACAGGAGGAGCCAGGAUGCCAGCACAGUGCCAGCAGGUUGGAUGGGUGGCAUGGGGACUUUGCUUCUUGUCCCUGCCACAGAUGCCAGGAGUGGCUCUGGCAACAUCGCUAGUCCUGCUCCACCGUAACAAGGAUGCCCCGUGCCCAGCCUCCAUGGCAGCUAUCAUGCUGGGCUGGCACUGGGCCCCAGGUGCAGUGCCGGCUCGGCGCUGAGGCAGCCUUGGUCCACAGCACUCCAACCCCUUCUCAGUGCCAGUGGCUAAUGUCCCAUGAUUGCACAGCACACAGCUCUGCCUGGGAACUCUGUGGGUGAGCUGACCAGUAUCAGGGAGCCAGGGAGCUCACUCUCAGUGCUGUGGGGUGGGGGACUGUUUAUCCUCUUUCAGGUCCAAACCAUUUCCUUUUGUCUCUACGCAUUCUUUUCUUCUUUCAAAGGGCAGUGCUGUUUUCCCCGCUUCCUCCAGCAAUGGGACCCCUGGCAUGUGCUUGCUAUAGGGUCACCAGCUGAGCUAGACCCCAGCCACCACCUUCCCUGCUGGGCAGACAGAGCAGCUGCACAGCCCCUGCCCUACAGCCACACCACCCUCCACACUCUGGCCAUUGGCACAAGGGCCACUGCUGCUCCCAGCUGGCUUCAGACAGGGCAUUAGCAGGGAGGGAGACUUGCACAGCCCAGACUCCUGGGUUCAUGUCCUGUUUUCCAAAGCGUGAGGGACCCCCAUGGGGUGAGUAGCCGGGGUGACUCUGCACUGUGCUCCCCUUCCUGGGUGACUCAUUCUCCCCAGUGGGGCUGUGAAGUCCCUUGACAGGGACUCUUGUGACAAAAAGCAGGAGCACUUGGCAGCAGCCCAGGAUGAGGACUGUCCUCCCCAGGACCUCUGCCCUCCUUCCCCAUGGGGGAACAGGUUGGGAGAUCCCCCCUAGACAUCCCUUUCCACCUCACAACUCCCACCGUCCCCAAGCCAUGGCCCAGUGCUCAGUGCAGGCUGACAUUGUGCCCUCAUGCAGUGUGCCAUCCCAGCGUGGUGGCAUGGGACACAGCCUAUCCUCAUGCAGGAUGGGUGCUGCAGGGGCCUCACCCCACUGUCCAUAGCUCUGCCUGGGUGGCUAGACCCCUAGAAUGAAGGGAGCUGGCAGGUGGGUGGAGCCUGGCCACGGUUGUUCCAGGCAGCAUGGGCUGGCAGAGGGAUGUCAGGGUGACCCGGGCAGACAUUGUUCCUGCUGCCACCUGUCCUGCAUGGGAGCCAGCUCAACAUGGGGAGCAACUCCCCCUUUCCUCAGUCCAGUUCAGCUGCUGCAGCCGAAAUGGGCCCAGCCACAGCAUUGAUGUAACUGAGAAAGCUCUGGCAUGGCGAAGACAUGGGCAUCACCGCCUGCUCCCUCCCAGGCAUCAUGUCCAGAACCAGCCAGGGAAUGCUGGGGGCCCGGGGGCGGCUCCAGUCCCCUCACACCUCGUCCUCUGCUAUUUCCUUAUCACUGCAGUGAUCUCCUCGACGGCAGCACCCGCUCAGCAUGUGACUUCACUCCAGUGAGGAGGAUGUGCUGGGGGUGGGGGUGUCAGCAAAGGAGCCGUAACGGGCGGUUUGGUGCGAUGGAAAAUCCCCCUCCUGUCACCUCCUGUACCUCACCCCUACCCUGCCCCAGCCCUGCAGCUACGUCUGCUUGCAUUGAGUCCUGUGGCUGCUCACAGGGGUUCCAACUCCCUUAGAGGUCCCUACCAGACGUCUGCUGGCAGUUUCUGUGGCAUUGGCAGCACUGAGGCUGUGUCCAUUUGCACUGUGAGAUGGUGAGGCUGGUGCCUGUGCCCAUCCCUCAGAGCACCCUGCCACCUUCUUGGAUAUGACAGGGUCUCAGCUGCUGCCCUGCACCCAGACACCCCCACAGGUACGUGCCAAAUGGGCACCAUCAGUCUUUGUGAGUGCCCUGUGUCCAUGUCUUGUGAGGCUGGAGGUGCUGUGGGGAUCAAGGCAGAAGGAAGGCUGUGUUGGAGGACACAGUGCCACUCUACCCUGUGACCAUUGCCUGUGACAGUUCUGGGGGUCUGUGGGGCUCUGGGCCACCCUUGGCAGGUGCCUCAUCCCUGUCAUCCCUCUCCAGCUGCCCAAGCUGCGGCAUGGGGUACUUGCCCCCCUGCUUAAUCCUGCCCCUGUAGCUAAUCCUGCCUAAUCCCACUGGGGGUUGUCACUGCCUGUUGGCUCCCAGGGCACUGAUGGUUUAAUCACCCCUAAUCCGAUCACCCCCACCUCAGCAGGCAGAGGGGACUUCAACCAGUGGUGGGAUGGGCUUCUGCCAAGAAGGGGGGCUUGGCCAUGGGUGCUGGCGCCAGCAUCCCAGGCGGUCGGCACUGCUUGGCUCCCAGUUUCAGGGGCGGUUGCCGCCUGCCAUGCCGGUCGGGCCUGCUUAGCAGCGGCUGGGGCGGCUCCACAGCCGGUUGCUCCGGGGCCGUUCCCAGCUGCCUGCCGAGGCAGCCCCAGCUGGCAGCCGCCCAAGUGCAGGGAGCGGCUGGCUUGGGGAUGGGCCCCUGUGCCGGGGGCUGUCAGCCGCGCCGCCCCUCCAUGGGCAAGAGGGGGCACGUCCCCCACGCCCGCCUGCCGACGGCACAGUGUGGCUUGGCACGGCAUGGUGGGUUUGGGAUGGAUGGGCCUGGCAUAGCUCAGCGUUGCCUGGCAUGGUUUGGCAAUGGCCAGUACCACAUGCCACUGUCCACCAUGGCUUGACUUGGCUUGGCCUAGCACAACUCUGGCAGCACCAAGAGCCACAGUCCAGAGGUGGUACCCACCCCUGCCUCCCCCAGGCUGCAGUUGCUCGACUCCCAUCCUAUUGUAACCCAGCAGUGCUAGUGUCACCCAGCAGUGCUAGUGUCACCCAGCAGCCUGGCUGGCUGGAAGGGCCAUAGCUGGGCAUGGUGUCACAGGACAGGUUGCAGCCCUGGAGCUGCUACUACUGCCUCCACCCUGCCUGCAAGUUGUGAGGGUCAUGGACUCCUCCUUCCCACCUGUGCUGCCUGCACAGGAACAUUGGAUCUCUGGUGGUGCACCAUGGGGACCACAGUGGGAGUGUGAGCAGUGCUGGGUGUAGGGCUGAGGCCAAGCUCUGCCAGCCGCAGCGUGGGAAAGGCCUGACUGGCGCAGGCUGGGCUUGGCUGGGCGAGGAGUGGCCCCGGGCUGGGGCACGGGAGGAGGGAGGGGGCCCAGUCCCAACCAGGAGCGGGGGCAGGAACCGGUGGCACGGGUGCUGAUCUAAUCUGCAAUGGCAGGAAGUGUGGCCCCUGUUCCCAGCCCAGCUGGGCUCUAUGGGGUGGCCCCCAAGGUGCUCUUCCCAGCAUUCACCCACCCACCCGUGCCUGCCAGUGAGGCCCACGUUCCCAGGAUGGGGUGGCUGGGAGCCAGUGGCUGCGCCCAGCCAUGACAGUGGGCUGGGGGGAUUGUGGGUGGGCUGGUACAGGAAGUGCUGCACCUUGGUGCUGUUCAAAGGCACCAUGCUGAGAUUUCCCCCUUUGCUGUGGUGAUGCAGGCGGCUGGGUGCUGGUGGUAGUGGAGGAAGCGUGGGGGCCUGUGGUGGGGGGCCUGUGCCCGCCAACCUUUACAUAGCAUGGAGGGAACUGAGGGCAGACCGCAGGCCCCAAGCCUGCCCCAGUUUAGUGUCCCACUGAAACCCCAGUGCCACCCAGCAUGUACAUGGAAGGUUCCUGGUGCCCUGGCUUCAUGACAGUGAUGCUCCGGCUUCAAUGUUUCUUCCAAGUGCUUUCUCCCAGAUUGUUCUCCUAUCAGUCAGGCAGCAUCCUAUCCUUCCUGCAGGUGAGGACAAUGGCCAGCCCAGAAGAUGACCUCAUUGGCAUCCCCUUCCCUGAGCACAGCAGUGAGCUGCUGAGCUGCCUGAACGAGCAACGACAGCUGGGGCUGCUCUGCGAUGUCACCAUCAAGACGCAGGGGCUGGAGUACCGCACCCACCGUGCUGUCCUGGCUGCCUCCAGCCGCUAUUUCAAGAAGCUCUUCGCAGGGCCAGGGCCAGGGCAGGAGGUCUGUGAGCUGGACUUUGUGGGGCCAGAGGCACUGGGUGCACUGUUGGAAUUUGCUUACACAGCCACGCUGACCAUAAGCAGUGCCAAUAUGGGCGAGGUGCUGCGUGCUGCCCGGCUACUGGAGAUUCCCUGUGUCAUUGCUGCCUGUGUGGAGAUCCUGCAGGGCAGUGGGCUGGAGGCACCUGGCCCCGAUGAUGGCGACUGCGAACGUGCCCGCCGCUACCUGGAGGCUUUCUCCACCGUCCCUGAGAGUGAGGUGCCUGCGCCACCACCCCCCCGCCCCGCCCCCCGCCGCAGCAAGAAGACCCGCAAGUUCCUGCAAGCCCGUGGUGCCCGGCUCAACAACCAUGCCGAGGAGCCACCCACUGAGGCUGAGGGCUCUGGCAGCCCCCCACCGCCCUCCCAGCUGCCCUCACCCCCUCUGCCUGAGGAGCUGCCCCUGCCCUAUGACAGCUUUGAGCUGCCUGAAGAGGAGGAGCUGCCCCCACACUCCUUCCCCUUCCCCUACCAGCCCCCCCUGUCCCCUGAGGAGGCUGCUUCUGACGAUGAUGCUAUCGACCCCGACCUGAUGGCAUAUCUGAGCUCGCUGCACCAUGAGUCGCUGGCACCUGGGCUGGAUAGCCCUGACAAGCUGGUGCGCAAGCGCCGCUCACAGAUGCCCCAGGAGUGCCCUGUCUGCCACAAGGUCAUCCAUGGUGCUGGCAAACUGCCUCGCCACAUGCGCACACACACGGGCGAGAAGCCCUUUGCCUGCCAGGUCUGCGGAGUCCGAUUCACACGGAAUGACAAACUGAAGAUCCAUAUGCGGAAGCACACAGGUGAACGGCCCUACUCCUGCCAGCACUGCAGUGCCCGCUUCCUGCACAGCUAUGACCUGAAGAACCACAUGCACCUGCACACAGGCGCCCGGCCCUAUGAGUGCUACCUCUGCCACAAGGCCUUCGCCAAGGACGACCACCUCCAGCGGCACCUCAAGGGCCAGAACUGCCUGGAGGUGCGGACCCGCCGCCGCCGCCGUGAUGAGCCACCUCCACCACCUGCUGGGCCCCCUAGCCUCGACCUCUCCAAUGGGCGGCUGGAGGGGCUGCGCCUCUCCAUUGCCCGCUACUGGCCUCCAGGGCAGCCCGAGGAGGAAGAAGAGGAGCCGGAGGGUGAGGAAGGGCCACAGCCAGAUGACACCGUGCCGGUGGAGACGGCAUAGGGCCGAUACAACAGCAGGUGUCAUGCUGUUCCAUGCUGAGCUGUGCUGUGCCCACUGGGGUUUCUGUUCCUGUUUUUCCCGUCACGGUUCAUUCCUAGUUAUGCAAAGGGGGAAACUCCCCUCGGCCGAUUUGCACAAGGAGGUGGGGGGCCCCUACCACCCCCCACCGUUCCCAGGCCCACCUGGUCAUGUCCAGGUGGGUGAUGGGGGGAUUGGGACAUGGAUGUCCCCCCACCGAACCCCUCAUGGAUGCCAGGAUCGGGCAGGGGCACCCAUGGACCAAGGCCUCCCCCCAGGUGGGGAGAGCCCCCCAUGCUCUCCCUAGUGGCGGGGGGGCACUGCCCUGCGCUGUGCAUAGCUUGUCCCCACCUCCCCACUCCGAGCAGCCCUCCCCGGCGAGCUCCCCUCGCCCCUGCACUCCCGGCUGCUUUCUCUUGGUUGCACUAUUCGGGUGAGCCCACCCGGGUGCGGGGCAGCCCCGGCCCCCCCCCGGACCCUUCCCUCUUCCGAAAUCCCCUGGCCCUGUGGGAUCCCCCUUCCGAAAUCCCCUGGCCCUGUGGGAUCCCCCUUCCAUGGGGUGGCCGGGCCCCCACGGUCACUCCUCUGUCCUUUGCACAUGCCCCCUGCAGGGCUCAGCCUCCCCGGGGGUGUAGGGGACCGGCACUAUUUGUCUACAAUAAGAGUUUUAUCUAUAUUUAAAAAGAUGAUGUAAUAUAUUCCCCCCCACAGCCCCUCUGCUGCCAACCACCAGCGCUGCCCGGCCUCCACAUCUGCCAUGGGGUGCUGGGAGGGGUGAUGGGGCCAGGGGGGCUCUGCUCCUGUCAUGGCUUUAAAGUGCCUUAUGGUGAACUUGAACCUUUUCGGCUACUUGAACCUCUCUGGUGUCAGGAACCAAACAAACCAUGGGCAGGCGGCCCCCACCCCUCCGGGCCGCCUCUGCCUGUCUGUAUGUCUGUUUGUUUUGUUUUUUUUUUUAAACGAAGGCUGCUUGGUAAUAAACGGAGAAGCAGGGACUU